AAUUGUCUCAAAAAUCCUGAUUGUUCUCCCUUGUUUCCUUCUCCAUUUUCGUUGUUUUCUCUCUGUCAUGGAAGUGAAGCUCAGCCAUAAAAGACAUUUCUUGCUCUCAAAAUCUCCUCUUUCGGACCAUACAAAAGCAAGCUUCCCUCCUCGCACCUUGCAGUUUAAACCCUGGGCAGCUGCUGAAAUCCAACGGUUUCAAGGCCUGGUGAAGGUUUUUCUUUCUCUUCCCGCACCACCGUUUCCAAAUGGAGAUUACAGAACGAGACAAAGGACUAUUCCUGCGCUCAUGCAGGGUGAAAAUUUGUCUUCCAUUUCAAAGAUGUAUGGGGUGUCUGUCCAUUCAAUUGCAGCUGCUAAUAAGAACAUAAUGCAUAUUGACCUCGUCUUCCAAGGCCAGCUCCUUAACAUCCCUGCUCCUUCCCUUCUAGACACUGAACUUGACCGAGUCAAGAAAAAUAGGUUGUUGCAUUCCAUCCGUGCACUUAAAGCUCCUUCAGGGAAAACAUUGUUCACCGUGCUAACUUCACAUCGUCUAUCUAAACAGGCUAAAUCCACUGGUUAUUUUCUAGUUGCGGUUCCUCUUAUAGCGUUUUGCAUCGGAUGUGUAAUCAGUACCUUUCUCACAAGAGUUUCCAGAGGCAUAAGACAGCAAGCUGUUGAUAAGUCUCUAACACUUCAUCAUGGGGCAAAAGGCAUGCGAUGGAAGUCUGCCCUCAGUGACACUGUGGAAGGAAAUGUUUUCGAUUCCAAAUCAGGUCUUGAUUCUAUAGGUCCUUCAGAAGAUGAAGCAUACAUCCAGUAUGAGGAGGCACCUGACGAUUAUGGUAGACUUGAACAUGAUUAUCAGAAAUUUCUUUCAGAAUGUGGCAUUACUGAUUUUGGAUAUUGGCGGGAUGCUUCUCCUGGUCCCUGACUGGACCUGAAUCCACCUCUGAGAUACCUGUACAGAGC